AUCCGAACUGCUUUUUAACAGACAGAAACACAAAUCGAAUUCAACUUCUACUUCAAUUUAUUUUAGUCAUAUCUUUAAUCGCAACAUAGUCGGAAAACUUUACUAAAAGUUGGGUUAACAUAUUUAAAUAAACUUCUAUUUUUUUUCAAUCAUAUCAAAAAGUUCGUAAAAAUAUUUCACCUAAAACAUUUCUCAUCCCAUCAUUUUCCAGUUUCAUGGGCUUAUUUCCCGUAAGCAUCCAAAACCUAUUCGUUAUUGGUUUGAAUAAAGUUUCUCUUUCAUUUAGGUCAUUUUCAGUCUCAGCAAAGUAUUUUUAAAAAGUUUUUCUGGAACUAGUAUAUCUCGAAUUAUCUGAUCUGCUAAGAUCCAGUUUAUUCGGUCAUUUUAAAAUGUGAAGCUAUCCUGUUUGAUGUUUUGUUUAAAAGUGAGAUGCAGGUGGGAAAUACAGAAAGCGUUCAACUCUUGAAUCACCAAGUGUAUCUGUCUAUCCUGUAGCUGAUUUAAUGAGAGCACGUGCCGAGUUUAUUCACCAGUGGAAUGUAUCGAUGUCCAACCAAUCUGUAGCCAAGUCAAUCAAAAGUGAUCAUUACAAAUAUCCACCAAAUAUAACUAUGAGAAAUUUUCUAGAAUAUCCAUUUCAUGAUAAUGCAUCGGAAGUAUUUCCGUUAUUUCGAAUUACAAAAAAUAUAAACACAACCCAAGUGGUGAAGACUAAAGUUGUAGAACAGUCACUUGAACGUCAGAAAGUUGAAAUUGAAGUCGAUAAUAUAUCUGAUAAAGACUUUAAGCGUGUUUGUAUGCUGCUCACUGAUAAGGCUUGUUUGUGUGAAGAUUCUAUACAAUUAGCUAAUCAAUAUCAGUGCAUAUCAGCAUGCUAUUUUAUUUGUGAUUAUUGUGAUUACAUUGGUAAAACAGAGAAUGAUGCCCAAAUACAUUUGCAACAAACAAAUCAUUUGACAUGCAGUAAAUAUUCACCUUGCUAUCAUACAAAUUAUUGCAAUGACAUGUUAAGUGAGCUACAAAAGUCACGUGUUAUCUCUAAUAAUUCAGACAGAAUCUAUGGUUGGCAUGUUGGUGAUACAGUAGUAUGCUGUCCUACUUGUAAUUUACCAUUUUUGGAUAAGAUUAUGUGUGCAUAUCACCACUCUUUACAACAUGCUGAAAACCAAUAUCUUUUUACUUAUGGGAAGGUGUUGACUGUAAGAGUUUUAAAAAUUCAAGAACUUCUAGUAUGCCCUGAUUGCCGACAAUAUUUUCAUACAUUAGAUAAAAUUAUGAAUCAUUGGAUUACUUCAUCUCGUUGUAAUUCACCAUUUAUGCCAAUUUCAAACAAUAAGGAUUGUUCAGAUGUUCUCUGUAUUCUUUCCGUAUCAUGUAGCAUCUGUCAACGUAGUUUUACCGCAGUUCCAUCUUUAGAAAUAGAAGCUAAUCAUCCUGGUCAGAAGAGAAAACAUCCGUCAAGCAGAGAAAAUAUCUACAGGUCACCAGCUUCUUGGGCAAAAGAUUUUGGUCAUUUUUGUAUUCGUCAUGCUUUUGAACACAUAAAUCAGGGUAAAUUCCCUUUGUGUAGUUUGAAAAUACGAAUUAUAAGUGUCCCGAAAUCUGUUAACUGUCUUCCUCCCAUCACCAGUACAAAUGAUCCAAACAGAUUACAGUUUAGCCUCAUUGAAUGUAAACGUCUUAUUUCAUAUCUUGAAAUUCAUGAAUGGAAAUCCCAUUUACUUAAACAGGCUCAGAAAAGCUUUAGAGACUUAUUUUUGGACGCUAUUUCUUAUGUCUUAUGAAUAGGUUUCUUUUUUAUACCCACUCCAAAUGACUUCUUAUUUCAAAAUAAGCAUUUAUAUUGCUCUUAUCCGUAUCUUGGGUAGUAAUAAUAAUACUGAUCUAUUUAAUUUAACUUUUUCCCUUUAAGUGUGUUUUUAUGGAUAGCAACUAUCCUGGAUACCAGCAGAUUUAAAUACUAAUAUAUGUUGUGUUUAUCUACUUUGAAGAAAACGUGUAUUGUAGUCGUUCAUUUCCGUUGACCCUACCAUUGAUCUUCGUAUUAUCUUGUAGCCUCCAACCCUGUUUCACACUUUUUAUGACCAUUCCCUAAGAGACAGUGUUUUGAAAAACUUGAUCACCAUAUAAACAUUUACAUUGUCGACUUCUUAUUCACAAGCUUUAAAUCGCUGCUGGAACUCUUUUAUCUAAUGGUUUACUUCGUGACUUUUUGUACCAAAUCCAAUAACUAAUUGAAUUAUGACAU